GCCGGACACCCAUCCAUCCAUCGCCUGCACACCGCAAGUAUAAGGCUCCUCCGAUCCAUCCGUUUCUCGUUCAAAGCUGGCCACUUUUUGAUUAAAGUUCCAACCUGUCUCCAUGAACUCGACUCUGCCGUGUCGUCUUCUUCCUCUUCCGUCGAUUCACCACCGUUCAAAUCGCCCGAGAUCUCCGAGAGAUCACGACGGCCCAGGCGGCAGCAGGCCGGCGCGUGUGAGGACGAGCAGAAGAAAUGCCGGUAAAUUCUGCGCGAAAGGGCUGUUCGGCGACGGCGGAGGAGACGCGUUCCGGGCCGUGAGGAGGGCGGUGAAGCUGAACUCGGCCAUCCAGAACCGGAGCGUCAGGGAGCUGCUCGAGCUGAUCGGUGACGAGUGCCUGUAUUUAUUGGGUAGCAUCCGCUCCGUUGAUGUUUCGCAGCUGGGAAAGGACAUGUUUCUGCUUCUCCACGCAAUGAUGCUCCGGCACCAAGUAUCCUUCGUGCUUAAACCGACGCCAAACGAACCAGGUUUCGACCUGGGAAUAAAAUGGUCUCUAGAAUGGAAGGGGAAGAAGCUGCCUUGGGACCUAGACUGCAGCGUCUCUACUACUCACGUCUACAAGGGCCUCCUGCUCAUCAGCCAAGUGAACAAUGCCUGUGUGCCACUCCUUCAGAGGAUUCUUCAGAUCAUCCAACAGAAUUUGGACUCGGUAGUUUGGACUAUCGUGCACAAGGUCCUGCCAGAAGGUACCCUUGGCGAGAAGGACGCCACGAUCAUUUCAUGCGUCAUCAUGGGCCUGGUGGUCAUGGUGCUGUUCUACGCCGUCUUCAAGAAUUUGUAGGUUCAGGAGAGCAAGAAACAUUUAUCAACCGUUGUACAGUGGUCAGAGCAUCUUGUAAAUGGUCAACCACAUGAUGCAGAACUGGAAACCCCAAAUUCUGAACAAGGCUGAAUAUAAGCAAGAACACAGUAGUUGCUGGUUGCAAACUACUAA